GGCGUCAAUUUAAGGCUUAUAUAUCUACGAGGCUGACCAUCCCAGUACAGUGAAAGGAAGCGGAAAUAAACGUCGUCAAGCUUAUGCUAACAGCUCGAGUCAGGCUCCGAGGACGGGCUGGAAGCGAUACAUGACACACAUCGGAGGAUUUUUUUUUCUUUUUUUUCUCGGCACGAAAACCGAGAACGAGGAUCGGGUAAAAACGCGAUCGGGAUUUCGUUGUUAGGCUGCUAACAUCGACGCGGAAUAUAUCGAGUGGAACCUCGCUGCGACCUAUGUAAGGUCAAAGCCCUAAAGGAACGGGUCACCGACGGGAGGAGAGACUCGGGAGAAAAGCAUCUGGACGCAGAAGCUGGGAUAAGCGCUGUUUUUAUUUUUUAUUCAGUCCCUGAAUCCUAACUUGAGCCAGGACGUUAUCUUGCACGCACGCCAUGGAGGCCGUUGCCAAAUACGAUUUCAAAGCGACUGCUGAAGAUGAGCUUAGCUUUAAGCGUGGGGAUGUCCUUAAGGUAUUAAAUGAAGAGUGUGACCAGAACUGGUACAAGGCAGAGCUCGAUGGAAAAGAUGGCUUCAUUCCCAAGAAUUACAUCGAGAUGAAGCCCCAUCCGUGGUUCUUUGGGAAGAUCCCUCGCGCCAAAGCAGAGGAGAUGCUCAACAAACAAAGGCUCGAUGGAGCUUUCCUCAUUAGAGAGAGCGAGAGUGCACCGGGCGACUUCUCCCUCUCGGUCAAGUUUGGGAAUGAUGUGCAGCACUUCAAGGUUCUCCGUGAUGGCGCCGGGAAGUAUUUCCUGUGGGUGGUGAAGUUUAACUCCCUCAAUGAGCUGGUGAACUACCAUCGCUCCACCUCCGUCUCGCGUAACCAGCAAAUCCUCUUGCGGGACAUCGAGCAGGUCCACCAGCAUCCCACAUACGUGCAGGCGCUCUUUGACUUCGACCCCCAGGAGGAAGGCGAGUUGGGUUUCCGACGUGGUGACUUCAUCCAAGUCUUGGACAACUCUGACCCCAACUGGUGGAAAGGCGGUUGCCACGGCCAAACGGGCAUGUUCCCGCGCAACUAUGUCACGCCGGUCAAUCGGAACAUGUGAAACACUCCCGCCAUGUAAACGGCCACCGCACCACCACCACCACCACCUUCAUCAUCAUUCUAGAUGUCAUCCCUCCACCCUCAUCUGAUCCCUGAACAACCACCCCUCUCCUCCUCCCCUCCCUCCCUCCCUCCCUCCGCCCAAUCCUCUUCGCCCAACCCCACGAUAGCACGAGCAGAGAGGAAGAAUGCAAACAAGUGAAAAGUGAGAGAGAGAUAAGACAGGAGCGCUGUGAUAGGCGGCGGCGCUUUGUGGUGGCUGAGCAAAAAAUCCACUUCGACUUAUACUGAGACUGCGAACGCCUCGGUGAGGAUGGCGACUGCCUUUGAGCGAAAGAGAUUUGACUCCCACAGCCGCUUCUGUCUACUCCUUAACUUCUUAACAUUCUGCCGCCUUGUGUUUUGCUUUUGCCGCAUGUUCUUUUAUCAGCCACAUCUGUUUCAAAGGAAAAAACACAAGAAAAAUAUUUAAAAAAAAAAAAAAAAGAUGUUUUUUUUAAUAUAAAAAAAAAAAGAAAGAAAUAAGAGGAGAAGUGAUGCCAUAUACAGCAAGUUCCCAUGUCUACGAUGAUUGGCUCGUGAGCAUUGUACAUCAGCCAUCGGCUGUAUAAAUAAAUCAACUAUAGAGAGAAUCCAUUUUUUAAGAAUAUAUAUAUUAUAUAUUUCUAUGUGUUUGUCUGCAUUACCUCUCAUCACAAAGUUGUAAAUUAUGUUCAAUGGUUUGUUUGUCCCAAUAAGACCUUGUAGCUCUAGAAUGUGCUGAAUUGUCCUUCAAGUUUCUAUCUGAGAGAUCUCGGAUAACACGCGACGUUCCUCACACAAGGGAAAGUCCACUUAGCAUCGGGAGAAGAAACCAAUCAUGCUGGGAAACUCCUGUCGUUGAGCGGCAAGGGUACGCAGCCGUGAAUGCAAGCCAUGUAUGACGUCAGCCGACCCCCCCCUUCCCCCCCCUCGAUGAUGUUAUUUGUCGCAAACCAAUUUGAAUGUAGCUGACUGAGUCCGCAGACUUUAGCAUGUGAGAUGCAGGCUCGAGGAGUUAACUCCGUGGCUGUGCAAGGGAAAACACGUUAUCCACGUUCAUUCAUCACAUUUACAGUACCGCUAGUUAACGUGCAUACUAAAAAAAAAAAAAAAAACCUCACAUGGGGGCUGAGAUU